CCACAAUUCAUUGCGGCCCUGGUGGCUUCGUCAGGUGAUCCUGACAUUGAGGCGGAAAUGAAAGUUAACUAGAGCCGUCGGAUCUCCACUGAAAUAAGAGCUGUGUUGCCAUGGCAGCAGCCAGCGUGAGCCGACCUGGUGUCGCCCAGACCGCAGAGAAGUCGCAGUUGACCUUGAAAGUGCUGUCAGCCAAGCCCCAGUCCCCCAAACUCCCCGGCAGAAACGCCCGCCUCAGCUCCUUCGUGGAGGUGACCGCGGACGGCCUGACCAGCGAGACCAAGAAGACGGGCAAACGCAGCGGGCACCCCGAGCUGCAGUGGAACGAGGACCUCACCCUGAAUGUGACCCCCCAGAGUCGUUUGGAUCUGAAGUUGUGGAGCUGCCACACCUUGAGGAAAGAGCUGCUUGGGAGCGCCACCAUUGACCUGCUGGAUACUCUGCGCACACACCAGGGCAAGAUGGAGAAUGUGAAGCUCAGCCUGGCCCUGCACACAGAAAACAGAGGAUCGGUUGUAGCGGGUGGAGAGCUCACCGUCUGUCUGGACGGCCUGGCUGUUGAUCUGGGAUCCCUGCCCAAUGGCAGCUCAGCGACAGACAAGCUGCUGCAGACGGACGGACAGACCGAUGGGACAGACAGACACAACCUGCGCAGAACGCAGAGUGAAGAGACGCCCAGCACAGCCAGCCCCCGUGGCAGGAACCACAGACACUCUGCGGGGGGGUCGCGGGGGGCCUCUCUGUCCAAUGGGGAGCCAGCGCUGAACGGAGAGCAGAGCCCAGGGGGGCGGAGCCGCCACAGAUCCUCCAAGAACCACAGCAGCCCUGCAGGUAAAGGUGAUUUGCCCACUAGUGGGGUGGAGAAUGGGCGUAGUAGCCCCACCCCCCACACUCCCCCACCAGCCCCCUCCUCCCCCAGGGCCACGCCCACAGCCACGCCCCCUGCGCCAGACCCUGGGGCUCCGCCCCCACCUGCAGACUUCGGCGAGUCAGGAGCGGCCCCUCCCAACCCCGACCAAACCAACUUCACCACCGACCCCGUGCAGGAGUCACUGCCCACUGGCUGGGAGCAGAGGGUCUUGCCCCAUGGGAGAGUGUACUAUGUGGACCACAACACCAAGACCACCACCUGGGAGAGACCACUACCCCACGGGUGGGAGAAGCGUGUGGACCCGCGGGGACGGUUCUACUACGUGGACCACAACACCCGCACCACCACCUGGCAGCGGCCCACGCCCGAGUCUGUGCGCAACUAUGAGCAGUGGCAGAGCCAGAGGAGCCAGCUGCAGGGAGCCAUGCAGCACUUCAGCCAGAGGUUCCUCUACCAGUCCUCCGGAGCUCCUGCUGUGGAGAAUGACCCUCUGGGUGCUCUGCCUCCAGGAUGGGAGAAGAGGCAGGACAAUGGGAGGGUGUACUUCGUCAACCACAACACCCGAACAACACAGUGGGAGGACCCUCGAACCCAAGGGAUGAUUCAGGAGGCCCCGCUGCCCCCGGGCUGGGAGAUGAAGUACACCGCUGAGGGAGUGCGCUACUUUGUGGACCAUAACUCCCGCACCACCACCUUCAAGGACCCACGGCCCGGGUUCGAGUCUGGUACCAGACAGGGCGGCUCCCCAGGGGCCUAUGACCGCAGCUUCAGGUGGAAAUAUCACCAGUUCCGCUUCCUUUGUCAUUCCAAUGCUUUGCCUAGCCAUGUCAAGAUCAACGUAUCGCGACAGACAUUGUUCGAAGACUCAUUUCAACAGAUCAUGAACAUGAAGCCAUAUGACCUGCGCAGGAGGCUCUACAUCAUCAUGAGGGGGGAGGAGGGGCUAGAUUAUGGAGGCAUUGCCAGAGAAUGGUUUUUCCUGUUGUCACAUGAGGUGCUGAACCCCAUGUACUGCCUGUUUGAGUACGCCGGCAAAAACAACUACUGCCUGCAGAUAAACCCCGCCUCCUCCAUCAACCCCGACCACCUCACGUACUUCCGCUUCAUUGGACGAUUCAUCGCCAUGGCCCUGUACCAUGGGAAGUUCAUAGACACAGGCUUCACUCUUCCCUUCUACAAGCGCAUGCUCAACAAGAAGCCCACCUUGAAGGACCUGGAGUCCAUCGACCCCGAGUUCUAUAACUCCAUCAUGUGGGUCAAGGAUAACUGUCUGGAGGAGUGUGGAGUGGAGCUGUACUUUGCUCAGGACAUGGAGAUCCUGGGAAAGGUCUCCACUCACCAGCUGAAGGAUGACGGCGAGAAUGAACUGGUCACCCAGGACAACAAAGAGGAGUACAUCAGUCUGCUGACGGACUGGCGCUUCACGCGGGGGGUGGAGGAGCAGACCAAGGCCUUCCUCGACGGAUUCAAUGAGGUGGUGCCUCUGGAGUGGCUGCGAUACUUUGACGAGAAGGAGCUGGAGUUGAUGUUGUGUGGGAUGCAGGAGGUCGAUUUGAGCGACUGGCAGAAGAACACCAUUUACAGGCAUUACACCAAGAACAGCAAACAGAUACACUGGUUCUGGCAGGUGGUGAAGGAGAUGGACAGUGAGAAGCGAAUCCGGCUGCUGCAGUUUGUCACAGGAACCUGUCGCCUGCCCGUCGGGGGCUUUGCUGAGCUCAUAGGCAGUAACGGUCCUCAGAAGUUCUGCAUCGACAAGGUGGGGAAGGAGACCUGGCUGCCCAGGAGUCAUACGUGUUUUAACCGCCUGGAUCUCCCUCCUUACCGGAGUAUGGAGCAGCUGAGGGAGAAGCUGCUGUUCGCCAUCGAGGAGACGGAGGGAUUCGGGCAGGAGUGAGGGAGGAGGGAGGAGCAGUGGAGGGGAGGAGAGUGAGGAGGAGGAGGAGGUGCCAUGAGCAUGGAGAGGGAGAAAGCAGCUGGGGAACAGAGAGCCCCGCCCCAAAAUCCCUGUCACUCAUUACCAAGCCCCGCCCACAUUCCUACUCACUCAUUCUAAUAGGUCCACAAUAGGUUUGCAACGCGUCAUAGGCAUGUAGGUGGAGCCUUUCGAGGGGGAAAGCAAACCUGCGUAGGGAGCCAUCGUAGAUAAUUGCGAUCUUAGUAUUUCGAUAAAUAAUAUUGUCAACAAAUUGCGUGACUAAUGAUCCAACUCAGGCGCUUGGGGGUAUCACUUCCUGAUAUCUUAUUCUAUCUGAUUAAAUCUACAACAUUAUGAUCCAUAACCGUGAAAAGUAGCCUAGCCUAGUAGACUAGCUAGCCUAACUCACCAGACUAGCUAGUUGAUCAUAACCAUUCGGUUUCAUUUUUAACAUCACGUUGCAGAAGCAACGAUUACGUUUUAUAGGCUAAUUCUGUUAGCUGUUGCUAACCAUGGGCUUCUCUGCAAUUAAAUAAAAGUGCAAAUCCAGGUUUGAAACCUGUUUUCUGUGCAGUUAAGCCAUACAGCAGCUUUCUGGUAUGAUUUUAAUAUAUGACUACGUUUUGUGCUCAUUUAAAGACUGGUAACUGACCGCUUUGUUCAUUUCCUAUGGAAACUCCACCAAACUUGCCCCCUUAGGUGUGAGCCUGGAAGGGUUAUGACGUUGUUCUCGGCGUGUCUGCUCUUGCCGACUGGAUCUAUCCAUGAGUUGUCUGAAUAUGCUUGCACAGACAAGGGGCAAAAGGUCACGUCAAGAUUAUAUAACUUCAGCAGCGAUAUGCAGAGUGCUUUAGUGCUUAAGCUAGCCUACGUCCUGAAAUGAUCUUUUUAUUUCGAUUAAAUAUUACUAUUAAUCUUACAAAAAAUGCCCCGCAGCAGCAUUCCGAAUAGCAGUUGGUGUUAUACCAUUGAUUUUCUCCCCCGUUGAGAAAAAAACAACUCUGGCUUUUAUUGCACCAACAGUCGUAAUGGUGAUAAAAUAAUGCAGAAGCAGCUUAAACGGCUGAGUUCCUCCCGUGAUAAUUGUAGCUGCUCCCUAGCUGCACGAGCACUCUCCAUUGUUUAUAAACAGGAAACUCAUUUAUUGAGGGGGCGUGGCCUCUCGCCAGCACAGAUAUCCUGUAGGACCGAGGGGGUGUGGCCACGAGGAUGGACUUCCAAUGAAGUGGCAUGUAGACUUUGUCUCCCCCUGGUGGCUCCCUGCAGUCUGUACAUCUGCCCCCCCCCCCCCCCACCUUUAAAUACACCAAAUACAUUAUACAGGACAUCUUCAAUAAAGAUUAUAUUAUAUCAACUGCAAAUACCAACAACACAGCAACAGCUAAUGUAUCAUAUAUCUAUGUAAGAGACAAAAAAAUUAGACGGACCUUAUUAAGAGAAGGUUCGUAUGAAAGGUGAGAGAAAUGUGGCCAUUUUUUUUCAUUGUGAAGAGCAGUGUUAUAUUGUAAUGAAACAAAUAAAUGAAAUUAAAAUCUGAA